AUGGAAAACCCUCAGCACCCUCAGAGGUUUGCCGGGAACGUGAACUCCGAGGCCGUGGUGGUGAACAAGCUCAGCCACUCCAUAAAAACUCGAUUUCUACGCUUCGUUCCUUUCACCUGCAACCCCAGCGGCUGGAUGGGCUUCAGGGUGGAGGUGUACGGCUGCGCUUACAAGUCCUUUGUGGCAGACUUUGAUGGAAGGAGCUCGCUGCUGUAUCGGUUCAACCAGAAGUCCAUGUCCACGGUGAAGGACGUGAUCUCUCUGCGGUUCAAGAGCCAGCAGGCGGAGGGGGUGCUGCUGCACGGAGAGGGCCAGAGAGGGGACUACAUCAGCCUGGAGCUGCACCGCGGACGCCUCGACUUCUACCUCAACUUAGAUGACAGCAGCAGCAGCAGCAGCAGCAGCAGCAGCAGCAGCAGCAGAGGCAGCAGCAGCAGCAGCAGCAGGCGUGUGGCCGUCACAGUUGGAAGCCUCUUGGACGACCAGCACUGGCACAAUGUCGUGAUCGAGCGCUUCAACAAACAGGUCAACCUCAGCGUGGACUCGCACAUGCACCACUUCUCCACCAGGGGCGCCGGUCAGUCUCUGGAGGUGGACUAUGAGCUGAGUUUCGGGGGCAUCCCGCUGCCUGGUAAACCCGGGACGUUCCUCCGUAAGAAUUUCCAGGGCUGCAUGGAAAACCUGUACUACAACGGGAUCAACAUUAUCGACCUGGCAAAGAGACGCAAGCCGCAGAUCCACAGUGUGGUGAGUCCCUGGUCACACCAGCAGCUCUCACACCUGGUAACUCCAGCAGCUCUCACACCUGCGCCUAAGAAGACCCACAAAGAACCUCCCACAGACCAUCGCCGACACUCUCCGCAACUAUCACGCAACACUAUACGCAACAACCUACAGAACAUCGCAGCCCUAUUCCGCCACACUCGACCCCACUCACCGCGCUUCUACGCCCCUUCCGACGCACAUACUCACCACAGCAGACACAUCUCCGAAACUCGCAGCAGCCUAUACAGCUCCACACCUAACUCCGACUCCGCCCACGCCGCCCACAUUCUCUCCAACUACCGCACCCUAUCCGCACUCAUCCUCAGCACAUUAUAA